AUGCGCGCCCAGGGAGUUGCUGCCUGGCGAAUUGCACACCCCGAUUAUUUCAAUCGGGAAGGCAUGAAGCUGAAGGCGAAGGAGCAAAAGAUUGCUGCCCGCGCUGCCGUCUGGGGAGAGGGAGUGAGCAGCUUUGUCAAGGUCAUCAAUGACUGGCGCCAGGAGGGCUCUCUAAAGGACACGGAGGAUGGCCCUUGGAAUGCCAUGGAAGCUACCAUCUCCGGUUCGUAG